AGCUUCAGAGGUGAUUUUAAAGGCGUGCCUGAGUUGACCAAUUCGCACGCUCUCGUGGUGAGCUAGCGCGAGGCUUGUGUGUAGUCUUCUAUCGUGAAGAAGCGCGUAGCCAUAGUGCGACCUGAGAGACCAUAACGUUCAGCCGGAUACUUCUGUGUGCACAUUUUAAUUGCAUCCUACGUUAAGUGGCAAGUUGUCCAGACGCCAGGAUGGCAAAAGGUGACCCAGCAAAGCCAAAGGGCAAAAUGUCUGCUUAUGCAUAUUUUGUGAAGACCUGUCGUGAGGAACACAACAAGAAGAACCCUGGGGUUUCUGUGAAUUUUUCAGAAUUCUCCAAGAAGUGUUCAGAGAGAUGGAAAGUUAUGUCUCCAAAAGAGAAGACCAAGUUUGAGGAGAUGGCCAAGCAGGAUAAGGUACGCUAUGACCAAGAAAUGAUGAACUACAAUCCAGGCAAAAGGGGCAGAAAGAUGAAGAAGGACCCUGGUGCACCAAGAAGGCCACCGUCGGGAUUUUUCCUGUUCUGCUCUGAACACAGGCCCGGUAUCAAAGCUCAGAAUCCGAGCCUGGGCAUUGGCGAUGUGGCAAAGAAACUUGGAGAGAUGUGGAACAAUCUAUCGGAUUCUGAGAAGCAACCUUUCCUUUCAAAAGCCAAUAAGCUCAAGGACAAAUACCAGAAGGACAUGGCAGACUACAAGAGCAAGGGGAAAAUGGGUGGAGGGAUGUCUGCAAGCAAAGCAAAAUCCAGGGAUGAUGAUGAUGACGAUGAUGAUGAGGAGGAGGAGGAGGAGGAAGAUGAUGACGAUGAUGAAGAUGGUGAUUAAAGAACUUUGUAUCCUUAAUCUGACACUAGGGGGUGUUGCAGUCAUUACUGCCAGUGUGAAAUAAAAUGAGUCAGUGUAUUUGGCACCCAUGGAUAAGCCCAACUUCUGUAAGACUAAAUGUUUUUUGUUUGUUUUUUUUAAAUCCUGCAGAAGGUAUGGCCUUGCAGUAUGCUUUUGUUCAUGCUACCCCAAAGUUUUUCAAAUAGGGGGGAGGGUUUUUUUUGUUGUUGUUGUUUAGCCAUAAACCUCUGGUAGCACAAGGAUACAUGCAUGUUGUUUUGAUGACUCCCAUCUUAGAAUGUACAUUUUAUUUUUCUAUUUUCCCAGCUUGAAGUUGUACAGUUUAAGUUUGGCAGAACAAUGUAGCAAAAUCCAAGUUUUUGUUGGCAAAUUGCUGAAAGUUGUUUUAAGCUCAGCCACUGUAUGUAGGGUUUUCCCCUCGAAUUGAUUUUGAAAUUUUGGGAAAAUGCACUGAACCAUUUGCAGAAUGUGUUUUGGAUUUAACCAGUUUAACAAUGAGUACAAGCUCUAUCUGGUUAAAUUCCUUAUUUGUGCUGUUUUUUAUGCAUAGGUAAAACUGUUAUUUAAAAUAAGUUUUAGAUCUAGGAAUUGUGACUUUUUAUUUUUAUGUAAAAUGUUACAUGUGAUUUGAUUCUAAUUGCAUAUUCUUCUAAUUUGUUGCUGUUGUAUGAAUAUUUAUGGGAAUAAAGUGGUCAACAUUGAUGAAAAA